ACCGCAGACGGCGCCCGGCGGCGGCGCGAACGGCAGCUCUGAGGGUGGCUCGGGGCUCGGGGCUACCCGCGACUUCCCGCGUAGGGCCCGGCCCGGCAAGGACCUGCAGCCCCGGCGGCGCCGGAGGAUGCGGCCACGGCCCCGGGCGGCAGCAGCGGGAAGCCUGACGCCCUGCAGGUCAGCGGUUGAAUAGCUGGGGCCCUGGAGGCUUGAAGCCUUCACAGUGAUGGCAGAGAAGCGGCCACUGGGGACCCUGGGGCCUGUGAUGUAUGGCAAGCUGCCUCGCCUAGAGGCUGACUCUGGGCCUGGACACAGCCUGCCCCCCUCUGCUGGUAACCAGGACCCCUGCAGCUACAAGGGUGCCUACUUCUCCUGCCCCAUGGGGGGUGCUCCCAAGGCAGGGUCUGAGCGAGUGGCAUCCUGGGCUCCAUACCCCCCCUUGUAUCCUUCCACCAUGGCUGCACCCCCACUUCGGGCAGACAACCUGCUGCCCAGCUGCUUACUGUACCGCCCAGCAGCAGAAAGCUCUGAGAAGGUGCAAGACUCCGGCCCUGUUGACCUCCUGCCCUUCAGUCCCCAGGCCCAUUCCUACCCAGGCCCGCCACUUGCAGCGCCCAAACCUGUCUACCGGAACCCUCUGUGUUAUGGGCUCUCAACUUGCCUGGGGGAAGGGGCAGCAAAGAGGCCACUGGAUGUUGAUUGGGCGCUCGUGCCUGGGUCCCUGUUACCACCAGCUGACCCACCUUGUUCUCUGACCCCAGCUCCUGGCAAGGGCCAGUCCCUGGAUAGCACCUUCUUGCGUGGUGUGCCGGCCGGGGGAUCUGGCAAAGACCCCUCAGUGAGCUUCUCCCCGUGCCAGGCAUUCCUGGACAAGUACCGGACCAUCCACAGCACAGGCUUCCUGGCUUCCAAGUAUGCAGGUCCUUACUCUGGGGACCCCAAGCAGGCAUUGUCUGAAGGACCCCCCAGUCCUUGGACCCACCUGGCCCAACCCCUGGGACCAGCCUGCCAGGACGCAGUGCCCACCCACUACCCGCUGCCUUGCCCUCCAGCCUGUCGCCACCCGGAGAAGCCAGGCCCCUACAGCUCGGUGCUUCCCCUGCAGCCUCUGGGGGCACCCAAGGGGGCCGGGUACCCAGCCGGCGGGCUGAGCAGCCCCUACCUGAGGCAGCAGGCAGCCCAGACGCCCUAUAUGCCCCCAGUGGGGCUGGACACUUACUCCUACCCAGCUGGCCCCCUCCCGGCACCCUCGCCGGGCCUCCAGCUGGAUCCCCCUCUUGCUCCGCAGUGCCCGCUGGACUUUGCUCCCCAGACACUGGGCUUCCCUUUCGCCCGGGAUGACCUUUCUCUCUGUGGAGCAUCCCCAGGGCUCGGAGGGGCGCCAUCUUCCCAGAACAGCGUGCAGGCUGUGCCGCAGCCCAGUGCCUUCCAGCGGGCAUGCCAGCCUCUGCCUGCCAACCAGCCAUGCCCAGAGCCUGUGAGGCCAGCAGAGAAGCCAGUGCAGGAAGCCGAGAAGAUGUGGCUGCCCAGCUGCAGGAAAGAGCAGCUCCAGCCCCAGCUGGGUGAGCACCCUGGGGCACCCAUUGUAAUUGGAGACAGUCCAGUUCCCUGCACCCCACCAGCACUCCCACCCUGUGCCCAGGAGCGCCAGUCUCUUCCUCAGAACCAGGGCGUUCUGCCACCCAGCUCGCCACCAAUGCCUAUUAUUGACAAUGUCUUCAGUCUGGCCCCCUACCGUGACUAUCUGGAUGCUCAGGCGCCCGAGGCCACGGCUGAGCCUGACUCAGCUCCAGCCCCCAAAGGGAGCCAGGACAAAGACUGCAGGGGCACCCUGCCUGGCCAGGAAGCCCCCUCAAGGGCACACUGCUCACUUAGGGAGGAGGUGGCCCUGGACUUGAGUGUGAAGAAGUCUGUGGCAGAGGCUUCUCCUGUCAAGGUCCCUAGUCCUGUGGUGCCUGCCAGACCCACUGCAGCCACGGAUGUGCCAGGCAUGGGGAACACAGUCCCAGAUCUGCCAGACCCAAAAAAGGCAGUAAUAGAGGCACCAGAGCUGCCUGGGGAGCCAGUGACCACAGAGGCCUCCCCAAGGACCAACUUCCACAGCUCCGUGGCCUUCAUGUUCCGAAAAUUCAAGAUCCUCCGGCCAGCAGCAUUGCCUGCAGCUGUGGUCCCAUCCGUGCCCACCUCAGCCCCUGCCUCUACCCAGCCUGCACCCACCCCCCCAUCUGUGCCCCUUGGACUACAGAUUGUCACCCAGCCCUUGCCCAUGGCCUGCUUCAACCUGGCACUGCCCAGCCCUCCAGCUGUGGCUGUGGCCUCUCCCACCCCAGGCCCUCCCCUGGCCCCAUCGCCAGCUCCAGCCCGGGCUCCAGCUCCAGGUGCAGGCCCUGCUCCAGCGUCUACCCCAACCGGAGCAGAUUCCCCAGAGCAACACUUUGCAGGACUGCACGCAUCUCUGUGUGAUGCCAUCUCAGGCUCAGUGGCCCACUCCCCACCUGAGAAGCUGCGUGAGUGGCUUGAGACGGCUGGGCCUUGGGGCCGGGCGGCGUGGCAGGACUGCCAGGGUGUGCAGGGGCUGCUGGGCAGGCUGCUGUCCCAGCUGCAAAGCUUCGUGUGCACACAGCAGUGCCCCUUCCCCCAUGUGGUGCGGGCUGGUGCCAUUUUCGUGCCCAUCCACCUGGUGAAGGAGCGGCUCUUCCCAAGGUUGCCGCCCGCUUCCGUGGACCAUGUGCUUCAGGAGCAUCGCGUGGAGCUGCGGCCCACCACACUGUCGGAGGAGCGGGCGCUGCGGGAACGAGCCCUGCAUGGCUGCACAUCCCGCAUGCUGAAGUUGCUGGCACUGCGCCAGUUGCCUGACAUCUACCCCGACCUCCUGGGCCUGCAGUGGCGUGACUGUGUGCGCCGCCAGCUGGGUGACUUUGACACUGAGGCUGGAUCUGUGGCCUCCUCAGAAUCCACCACAGCCAGAGACGAGCUGGAGAGUCUAGCCCUGGCUGGGAAGUCACCUGCCCCCAAGGCCAGGAAGCCCGGGAGGAAGCCACCAACCCCUGGCCCGGAGAAAACAGAGGCACCUGCUGGGGGAGGGUCCAGUGGUGCCUCCCCUGCCCCUAUGGGCAGCACCAGCCCACCUGGCCCCACGCUCAGGGCCCGCUUCCGCAGCUUGCUGGAAACCGCCUGGCUCAAUGGCCUGGCCCUGCCCACUUGGGGGCACAAGGCCUCAGGACAGGAGCGGCCCUUGCCCCGCCCACAGCUGCUGGGGAGCCAGAGCCAUCACCUGUAGCGCUGGACAGCUACUGUCUGGGGAUUACUCUCCCUACCCCUCCCUUCUGCCAGCCCAGCUGCCCAGGGCCAGGAGUGGACAUGCCCUGGGAGGUUCUCCGGCUCUUACUACUCCCUCCUCCCACCGGACGGGGCUGAGGGCCCCUGAGCUUUUGACUUGAGGGCCUUUGUUGGCAAGGACUACUUCCUAUUUCUUCCUUAGAGAAAACGCGAGGGCUUGGGAGCCCAAAGCCUUGGGCUUGAAUCCUGGCUCGUGUGUUCCUUGCUGUGUGAUCUGGCCGGUCACCUCCUCCCUUGAGCCCUCAGGUCUCUGUUUGUAGAACAGGACAACCAGCCUACCUCACAGGACUGUUGUGGGAGUGAUGCCUGACACACCCAUUAUGGUUUCUUCUCUGCUCCCUCCCCAGGGCAGGGGCCUAGACCCCAGCCACAUCCUGGGAUUCGAGGCUAAGGCAAGCAGAACCUUCCUCUAGAAAGUUCCUAUACCACAGGACUUUGCUCUCUUACAGUGGGAUGUUGUUCGGUGUGCGUGACUUACACUUCCCAGAGGCGUCCCCCAGGAAAGCCUGCGGCUGCAGCCCAUGCCCCUCAUCCCCAGUCUGGAGCACCCCCAUCCCCCACCCCCCCGCUGCAGGGGGCACAGCCAUCCUUGUUCUGGGCCUGCUGCUCUCACCCCUGGGAGUCCCUAGGCUGGUCCUGAAUCAACAACACUGACUUCCCUGGGCUGUGUCCCCUACCUACGGCAUUACCCCAAGAAAGCGUGUGUGUGCUGGAAGCUUAGCAGCGGGGACUCAGGGACUAGAAGGCACAGGCUGAGUGAUGGCCUGGGAGGUCUCUGAAGAUAGGGAGUGGGGAUCCUGGCACUGCCAAAGCCCCAGUCAGCCUUGCCCGCUGUGAAUCACCCACCUGCAGAGGACUGAGCGACCCGAAGCUGGCAGACGGGCGUGGCCUGGCUGGCAUUCGUAACAAGGCUGCGGGCCCUGGAGGCAGGCCAUUAAGCAUUAAAGCUUUUGGGUUGUUUUUGGA